AUGGCUUCAGAUAUCGUGAAGAUGAGUCGAUGGGAUCCAAUUCAGAAGAGUUUUGCAGACCUCUCAAUCGCCGGAGAAUACCGUCCAAGAAGAUCAAGUGUUCACAUUCGACCUCUCUACUCCCGAGUUUCGAAGAACUCAACAUAUGCAACUUUCGAAACUUUUGAAACUCCAAAAACUGAACAUCAAGAAAUCCGUCGAAAAUCAAGAGUAGAGCCCGACAUGGCAGCUCUAGCGGAGAAAAUCAAGCGAUUCGAACGAAUGUCUGUUUCCAAAUAA